UCUGAUUAGUCGAGGUAUUUGAACCCGUGGAGAUUUAAAAAAGUGUCAACAGGAGGUGGUGAGAGAGAGAGAGUCGCAGCUCCUGCCAUGAAAGUUGGACAAUUUCAGAGUUAAAGAGCCAAGUGUGGCACAAUGAGUCACGGGGGAUUUCUGGUCGUAAAUCCCUCACCGGAGAAAGACCCCACUACCAGAAAAAGCCAGUCCAGGUCUACCUCGUAUUUUGAGAUCAGUCCGGUGCACAAGCAGCAGGCAAAGCCAGUGGAUGAAGAAAUUCCAGUUUUGCGUCUCGUUCACUUUACACACAGCCCAAAGAUAACCUUCGAUACAGUCAAAUUGGGAACCACUUGUCAUCGAAAACUCAAAAUACUUAAUCCAAAAGACCAGGCACAACAGGUGAAUUGUGAGAAGUUCCCAAAGCCAGAAAGUGGAAUAACAUGCUCAGCUGUACAAUUAGAUUUGGAACCAUCUACAAGUGUGGAGCUUGUACUGUCAUGGACACCAGUUCAAGAAGGGAAUUUUCGAGACUUGAUUUGCUGGAAAUCAAAUCUUGGUGUUCGCUCUCAGACUGUUCUUCUUGGGACAUGUGUGGAACCUAAAAAGAAAGCAAAAGCCAGAAUCAGAGCACCACUUAAACCAAAGAAUGUUGCUCCAGUGUGUCCAGCAUCAAGAAAAUCCAUUCCAGCAAAGGCUCCCAGAAUUGUUCGUGGCCCUAGCAAAAAUGCCAGAAGAAAACCUGAUGCUGAAAACAAACCCCCUGCACAAACCACAAGGCCACCUGCACAAACCACGAGGCCACCCGCUCAGGAUCCCGUGGUUAAACAAGAUGCUACCCUCUCCGCGUUGAGCUCGAACAUGAGAGAGGUUCCAUCAAAAUCUCUAAGAAGAGUUUUAUUAUCUACAUCAAGUCAAGAGAGCGUUGAUAUACCAUCAAUAAUGAACUCUACAGAGAUUUCGGAGACUUUGCUCGCGAAUACAGAUUGUGGGGCUCCUUCAAACCUUUCUAUUUCAACAAUCGAGUUUGACUUUCCGUCAAGCUUGAGAAAGAACCCUAGUAAAGAAAAAGCACAUGUUAUGUGGAAAAACCCUUCAGAUGAUAAGGAUUUGCAUACAAGGCGAAUGACCUACUGCCUGCUUGGUGAAGAUGCAGUUAUAAAUGUGACUGAUCAGGAAGUAUCAAAAACAAAUAUUGUACAAGAGGAGGUUCUUGAGCUAGUGUAUGAUGAAGUGAGAGAAAGUCACACAUAUGAAGUUGUGAGAGAAUCUGACCACAAUCAGACAAAAACACUUGUUUCUUCCAAAGAAAUAAUUAAAACUAACUCUACUCACUCAGAAGAGGUGUGGAGAGUUACUGAUGUUUUUCCUGGUAGUUCAGAAAAGUCUAUUCCUCAUCGAAGGAAAACAUUUGCUCGCAGAGGCAUGUCCAGAUUACAGGAGGACCUUGAUGAAGGUGCCAUUUCUCCUGAAUCUAAGAGUAGUGUUUCAGUUCCUAGUAAGGAAGUCUUCAAGAAUAUAACUGAAGGUCAGUUACCAGACUGUGAAGCAGCAGCUUCACCAUUGAGACGUGACACUUUCGUCGCUUCAAAAGAGGGAAAUUUCAGGCCACUCGAAAGAGAUGAUUUGCCGGACUGUAAUGAAAUAGCCACACCAAUAAGGCGCCAAACUUAUAUAACCUCUAGUGUGGAAACAUUUAGUUCUGUGUCUGCAAGUCAGCUUCCUGCCUGUAAUGUCUCGGAUUCUCCUAUGAGGAGACAAACAUUUGUUAAGGAGCAGACAGAUAUAAAACACCUGGGACCAGUUCAAAAAGUUGGACUUCAGAGUGACAAGUGGAUGGAAAACUCUGGUUCAUCCAAUACCUCCACUCCCACAGUUGGAGUAUCUCCACCUUUGGGCCCGGUUUCAUUAGGCAUGCUUCUAGUUACACCCAUUACACCCGGUCCACAAAUGCGCCCUAAUAAUUAUGCAUCCAUAAAAGCUUCAUGUAUGAACCUUUUAGAGAAAUUGAAGACUAGUGAAGAAUUCCCAGAAUCCCCCAAGCCACAUAUGCAGUCAUGCAAGAGUACAACAGUUAAUAAAGCGGAAGACACUUUGGAUUAUUCACAGUCGGGAAUGUGUACAGCUCCCGAAUCUCCGUUUUCCGAGUAUGAAACUGCUCCGAGUACACCCUCAGAACCAGCUUUAGCAAUGGAAGAUUUUAACGUUACACUGGAAUUUCCAACACCAAAAAUUGGUGAUACAGUUUCACGAAUGAAGAAUGUUAACUUAACAGACGUUUCUAAUAUUUUAGAGUUGGAACUUGCAAACCAGAGGAAGGCUUUGGGGGAUAGUAUGAGUACUGAUAGUCUUGAGAAAACAUUCAGUAAUAAGGAUGAGAUGAAUAAUCAGUGGGAUGAAUUAAACCCAACUAUUUGCAAGAGGCUGGAUUUGGAAACAGAUUCUGAAACAUUUCAUGUUAAUAAUCAUGACAUACUGAUUACCAGGGAAGCUGAUUCUGAUGCCCAUGAUAAUGCCUUGCCUAACAGAUUGAGUUCAGGUACAGUUACUAAAGAAACUUCCAUAUUACAUCCAGAUGAUCUUGUCAUUGUGGAUGAUCAACAUACUAGUUAUGAAACCAUAGUAAAAGAUUUGCCAACAUUUUCCCCAUCGUUCUUACCCCAAGUAACGGAUACACAUCAUCCUAGAAGAAUGAGCACCAUUGGGAUAACGGAUUUAAGUAACUCGAAGCAACAUUCCGAUCACCGUCGUAGAAGUGAGCCACUUGGACUCCACCUUCCUCCUUACGAGAGUGCUGCCUUGAAUGAGCUUCUCUUGUUUAAAGGUGCCAAUAAGAGAGAGCUGGAGAAUACUAAAGUUGAGGGUCAAAGAGGAGAUGAGAAUUUUGUUGUGGCAUCUCUGGCAGAUUUUGACUUCUCUCCUGGUGUUGAUCACCGCAGAUGUUCAACAAGUAUCAAAUCUCUUCCCCCAGAGGAGCUCGUAGACCACCGCAGACUUUCUGAUAAGGGUCGUAAACUUUUCGUGGAACCUGAGCAUGAAGCUCAAGAAUUUGGUAAACCAGUUUGUCUCGACUCAAAUGCAUCUGAUCCUUGUAUCUCCCAGUGUCUCAGUACAAUUAUGGAAGUUGAGGAGGGCACUUUUGCUUUGAAUAAAACACAGGAUUUACCUUCAAAUAAGACUCAAGAUUUUCCAAAGAAUAAAUCAUAUGAUAUACCAUUGAAUAUGACUCAUAGUUUGCAUUUAGAUAAGUCUCGGGAGUUUCCUUUGGCUAAUAUUAAUGAGUUGCCUUUAAAUGAAACUCGGACGGUGCCCAUGAGCAGCGGUGCGGAGGUUCCCAUGAGCAGCGGUGCGGAGGUUCCCAUGAGCAGCGGUGCGGAGGUUCCCAUGAGCAGUGGUGUGGAGGUUCCCAUGAGCAGCGGUGUGGAGGUGCCCACAAGCAGCGGUGUGGAGGUGCCCACAAGCAGCGGUGCGGAGAUUCCCACGAGCAGCGGUGCGGAGAUUCCCACGAGCAGCGGUGCGGAGGUGCCCACGAGCAGCUGUACAGAGGUGCCAUUGAGCAGCUGUACGGAGGUGCCCAUGAGCAGCGGUACGGAGGUGCCCUCAAAUCAGGAGGUUGAUUCUUUGAACAAAAAUAAUGUGUGUGCGUUGGAUAACAUUUGCUUGAGAGAAACAAAAGAAAUAUCUUUGAACGUGUCAAAUGAUUUUCCAAUUAACGAGACAGAAGACCCGGCUGUGAACAAAGUGCAAGAAUUUUCCUCUAAUAUAACUAAAGAUUUUUCACAGCUCCUGAAUCCAGAUCUUUUGGAAAAUGAAAAUCAUAUUUUUAUUCCAGCAAGUCAAGAUUCUGGUGAGGUAAAAACUACUAUUAAUUAUACAUUUACUAAAUUCACAGAAGAACAAAGAUACACUAGUACCUGUGAAGAGAUUAUAACCAUUACUGAUGAUCCUGUUGUGGUUGAAGGCAUAGAUAAAUGUGCUGAUAAUGCUGAAAGUCAACUCCACUCGGUUAAUGAUAAUGAAUGUUCUUCAGUAUCAACUGAUAACAAAAUAAGACCCCUUUCAACUUCUUCAGAAGACCAAAGCACUUCAAAAGAAAAUGAUCAGGGGAAUGAAGGGCUUUUGUUCAUAAAGAUCUCUCCCUCACAUUCCAAAAGGCUUCCAGAAAAACAUUCAAAGGAAUCAUGUUCGAAGCGUAGCAGAAUCACUCCAACUCCUGUAUUUCUGGUGACUGAACCAUCUCUUAAAUCUUCCAAAGAGAAAAGAAUUGGUGUUAAAAAACCUGCUGUGGUGUCCAGUAAAUGCAAGAGCCCUCGAAACAUUAAAUCUCUCAAGACAACUGGUGGAUUAAAACCAUCUUAUAGAUGCCCAGUAGAACCCAAGAUGGAAUGCAAGUUAAAGCCUGGAGUUCAGUCUUCAAAAACAUUGGGGCAAAGGAGAUCUACUUCCAGUGGAAAUUUGAGAAGAACCACCUCAAAUUCUAACAUCAGCUCAACGAUUGAAUCUACAAAUCUUAUUAGCUCUGCAUCAGUUGCUGAUCUGAGACACCAUUCUGACAGUAGUAAUUCAUCACUCUCCAUCAGUGCACUGUCUUCAAUAUGCCCCCCUCUCUCUGCAUCUGCUGCAGAUAUUACCGUGUUCUCUCACGUCUCUGGGUCGUCCUCGACUUUAAGUCUCGGAAAUGUUUCGUCUGCCUCUAACAAAGCGGGCAACAAACGACCAGCAUUAAAAAAGAGUAUGGGGCUGAGGGUGCCUCAUUCUAGACUGACGCUCCUGAAGUUUAAGAAAUCAACAGUUGUUCACCACCCGAAUCCAUAUGCCUCAAAGAAUAUGUACUAUGAUGACCGAUGGAUAGAGAAACAAAUGAAUGGCUUUACAAAGUGGUUAAACUUUAUUCUCACACCACCUGAAGAGGAAGAUGUUGAAUCAAAGGUGAAGAAAGUUGAUAUGGGACAGCUAUGGUCAGAGGCUACAAAGAGCAAACGUGUUGAAGUUGCACCCACAAAAGAAGUUAUGUCCUUAAGAUCCUACUCUGCAAGACGAAGGUUGAACCGACUACGAAGAAAAGCCUGCCGUUUGUACCAAAGUGAUGAGAUGGUAGAAGUUGUAAUGAACCUUGAGACUGCUAUAGAUAAAAAAUAUUUGAUGAUUCGUAAAGACAGAUUGACUCAUGCGGAUAUUGGCUUGAAACAGUUGAUGUUGCAGUUAGUGCUUUGUUACAAUCCUCUUUGGUUGCGCAUUGGACUGGAAACGGUGUAUGGAGAAUUACUUCACCUUACAAGUAACAGUGAUAUUACUGGCAUCACCCAGUUCCUAAUUACCAGGUUGCUGACUAAUCCAGACAUAGCAGCUGAAUAUGCACAUCCAACAGUGCCACAUUCCUAUCGUGCUGGCUAUGACGACUCCAUAAAGAAAUUCCAACUGAAGAAAUUCCUCUUGUUGGUGUUCUUCUUGGAUCGGGCCAAAACAUUGCGUCUCAUUAACCAUGAUCCCUGCCUCUUCAACAAGAAUGCAGACCACAAAACAAGCAAGGAUAUCUUGAUUGCCUUUGCCCGCGAGUUUCUUUCUGGCAUUGGGGAUAUAACCAAACACUUGGGUUACCUGGGCUACAAUGUUAGCCACAAGCAAACAGUCCUGGAAGAGUUUGGUUAUGCUGUAACAAAUUUGGCUGUGGAUUUACGUUGUGGUGUCCGAUUGACGCGUGUGGUGGAAAUGUUGACCCAGAAGUUUGAUUUAAGCUCCAAGUUACGUGUUCCAGCUAUUAGUCGCCUGCAGAAGAUCCACAACACAGAUGUUGCAAUGGCUGCUUUGGAGGGUGCAGGCUGUGUUGGGGUCAAGACCAAGUUCCCAUCCAAGGAUAUUGUUGAUGGUCAUCGGGAGCAAACACUCGCCCUGCUUUGGACAAUCAUUUUUAAGUUUCAAGUCUCGGUGAUGAUAUCCGAGACCCGUUUGCGUGAGGAGAUUUACUACCUUCACAGGUCUCUUGUUGUGCGUUCUCAACUUGAAGCUCCGGCCUGUGCGGGUUUAGAGCUCGUGUCCGAGGCAGUUACUGAACUAAGCCUCUUAUCGAAGAAAGAAUCGGGAACAACGGAGACUCUGCUCUCCUACCUGAAGUUGUGGGCUCAGUUUACUUGUGCACAUUAUGGACUGGAUGUUGAUAAUCUGACCGUGUCGUUUUCUGAUGGGCGUGCAUUGUGUCUUCUCUUGCACCAUUAUCAUCCCGACCUGAUGCCCAUGAGCCUCAUUAACUGGAAGACUACACAGACGCUGCCAGCUCAGGGUAUUAAUUUGGAUAGCUCACUUGAUGACAGUUUUAGCGAGAUGACCUAUGCUGAUAUGAGCACCAAGGACGAAUACAACCAAAGGCUUGCAAAUGAAAGAGAGAACUUUGCUGUUUUCAUUGAUAAGGUGUCUCAACUUGAUGGAAUCCCAUUGGUGAUCCGAAGCAACGAUAUGAUCAACACGAUCCCUGACGAAAAAGUAACGUCAACCUUCGUGGCAUACCUCUGUGCUCGGCUUCUGGAUCUCAGUGAAGAGAUGAAGGCUGCGAGAAUCAUACAAAUGGCUUGGAGGAAACAUCUCGCAGCCAAGAGGCUGGAACAGCUGAAGGUGCACACCCAUUCUGCUAUUGUAAUUCAGCGUUGGUGGCGGACUAUUCAACAUAAAAGGCAGAGAGAGAAAUAUGAAAAGGCUGCCAUUGUUCUGCAGGCUCACUGGCGCAGGUGGUGUGCCUGCAGAUUAUUACACAUUCUCAAGCACAAGAAAGAGUUGGAGAGACAACAUCGAGCAGCCCACAUCAUUCAGUCAGCUUUCCGUCGUUACAUUAGGACACGAUAUCUUCUGCAGGUGAAGGCUGCCAUAACAAUCCAGCAGGCUUGGAAGACACAUCUCUUAAGGCAGAAGUUUCUGCAUACCAGACAAGCUGCAAUUGCAAUUCAAACUGCUUUCAGGUCAUGGAAUUGUAGGCAGAAGUAUCUGCAUACCAAGAGAGUUAUUACAGAGGUCCAGCAAAGGUUUCGAAGAAAACUUUAUGGAAGAAGAAUUAAGGAAGACUUCGUGCGAAAGCUUAAGGCAAUCGUAGUGAUACAAAGAUGGUGGCGCUCUGUGUUAGCGAAAAAGGCAGCUCAAAGGGCAGCAAAGGAGCAGUGGGCAUCCUGUACAAUUACCAGUUUCCUAAAAAUGUGCAUUGAGAGACGUAAGUACUUGAAAAUUUGUCGAGCAACGGUUUCCCUGCAGGCCUAUAUUCGUAGACUUAGGUGUCAAAGAAAAUACCAAGCAAUGCAAAAGGCAGCUUUGGUGUUACAAACAAAAUGGAGAGCCACUCUGUUGGCUCACCAAGUACGAGAACAGUAUUGUCAACUGCGCCAUGUGGCUGUCAUUCUUCAGUCUAAUGUUCGUUCAUACCUAGUCCGAAAAAAAUUCCUGAAGCUUCGCUCGACCACCAUUCAGAUACAGUCAACAUUUAGAAUGAAGAAGCUGAGAAAGAAUUACCAAGAUCUUAAAAGAACUACUCAAUAUCUGCAGUGCCAAAGGAGAAGUAAAGUGAAUAUGAAGUUGGAAAGGCAAAGAUUUUUGAUGAUCCGCAGAGCUGCAAUAAGAAUUCAAGCCUCUGUGAGGGGUUACAAUGCUCGAAAGCUAUAUCAAAACAAGCGCCAUGCUGUUGUUCUCAUACAGAGUUCCUAUCGCAUGUGGAAGCAAAGACAAAAGUACCAAGAGAGUGUGCGGGCAGCUGUAACAUUGCAGAGGCACAUAAGAGCAUGGUUAGUUAUGAAGCAACAACGUGCACAUUAUGAAACCAUGAGAGUAUCUGCUAUUGCCAUUCAAGCAGCUUGGCGACGUAACCGAGCUCGGAAUAAUUUCUUGUGGAUCAAGAAAUCUGUGAUACUGCUACAAGCACAUGUAAGGGGAUGGAGUUCCUUAAAGAAAUUCCAAAGGAGAAGGAAUGCAGCAAUUGUUCUACAACAAACAUUUAGGGCCAGGAAAUCCAUGAUGAUCAAGAGAGAAGCAUUUGUAACCCUAAAGAGAAGUGCAACCAUCAUUCAAGCUUCAUAUCGAGCUCGGAGAGAGAGACAGAGGUACUUAAGACUCAAGAGAGGUGUAACCUUGGGCCAAGCUGCUGUUAGAGGCUGGUUGAAGCAGCGUCAAUAUGCAAGACUGAAGGCUGCUGCAGUAGUUAUCCAGCAUAGAUAUCGUGCUUAUAAGCUAAUGCAGGAACAGAAGAAUUCUUAUCUGAGGGUGAAACAAGCAACCAUUAAAAUUCAAGCAAUUACUCGCAUGUAUCAAGCUAGGAAGAAUUAUUGCAGGCAACAAGCAGCUGCCAUCAUUAUUCAAAAGCAUGCAAGGGGAUAUGCUAAUUAUAAAGAUUACCAACGUCUUCGGAGGAGUACUGUUCUUAUUCAGAAUUAUGUUAAGGGCUGGCUUAAAUCCCGCCAAGCUAGGAGAGAAUACCAAGACAUUAAGCAUGCUACCAUUGUCCUUCAAGCCCAUUGGCGAGGCAUUCUUGCAAGACAAAGCAUGCAACGACUAAGAACUGCUUGUCUAGUAGUACAGAGCAAUUUCAGAAUGCAGCGAGUAUAUAAGAUUUAUCAAAGAAAGAAAGAAUCUGCAAGUAAAAUCCAAAGUGCAUACAGGGCUUAUAAGUUGGGUAAAGAAAUGAGAAUGAACCAUUUGUGUAUGAAGGCUGCAUGUGUCACUAUCCAAACUUACUGGAGAAUGUAUAAAGCCAGACAAAGUUACCAAGAAAUUCGUAAAGCGACCAUAACAAUUCAGCAACGUUUUCGUGCCACCUACUUGGGUCGUCAGGUGCGUAAUGAUUACCGGCAAAGAAAAGAGGCAUGCAUUACUCUUCAGGCAUGGACCAGGAUGAUCCUUAUGAAGAACAGCUUUACUCUGAAGAAAAAAUCUGCACAAACUAUACAACGGCAUUAUAGAGCUGCCGUUGUUGCUAGGAAAGUGAGGCAGAAUUACGAAACGCAGCGAUUUGCUGCUAUUAAACUGCAAUCUUUGUAUAGGAUGCACCGGCAAAGACAGAGGUAUGAGAAGCAGAAAUUGGCUGCAGCAGUUAUCCAGAAGCACAUGCGUUCUUAUUGGACAAUGAAGACGGCAAAAUCAUCAUACCUGGCCAAAAGAACAGCAGCCAUUUUAAUUCAAGCUAAGGUUCGUGGUUGGCUGACAAAACGAACUUUCACCAUUGAGCGAAAGGCUUGCAUUCAAAUACAGUCAUGGUAUCGUUCUAUGUACAUCCGGAAGAGCUACCUCGCCCAGAAAGAUGCAUCAAUCAAAAUCCAGAGAUUUUUCCGAGCUUACCAACUAAAGAAGCAUGCUCAAAAUCAUUUUGCAAUGGUUAAAAGAAUUGUGAUUGGUCUUCAGGCAAUCACAAGAGGGCAUUUGGUACGAAAGCAGUUAAAACGGAAGCAUGCUGCUACCACCAUUAUCCAAGCAAGAUACAGAGGCUGGAAAGCACGACAAGCUUUCAUUAGAAAAAGAAAUGCUGCUAUUGUAAUUCAGCAGCAUCUGAGAAGUUAUUAUUUAGGUAAUAUUACUAGAAGAAAUUUCAGAGAGACCCAGAAUAAGAUUAUUCUUGUGCAGGCUGUGGUAAGAGGCUACCUAGCUAGGAAAGAAAUGAAGGUAAUGCAAAGUUCUGCUCUUGUUAUACAGAGGACGUGGAAGAUGCAUUGGCAGCGAAAGAUUUACAGAACACAGAGAAAAUCUGCAAUUUUGAUACAAAAAGCCUAUCGAAGUGCACGUCUGGGAAGAGAAGCGAGGAACAAUUACAGAACAACAAUAAAUGCAGUUGUUUGUAUCCAGGCACAUUUUAGAGGAUUUUCAGUAAGGAGGAGAUAUUUGAAACAGAGAAAUGGGGCUCUUACAAUUCAGAAAUAUUACAGAGCCUAUAACAUUUGUAAAACAACUAGGAAUGAUUAUUUAUAUAAAUAUAGAUGCAUAACCAAAUCUCAGGCAAUUGUCAGAGGUUUUCUUGCCAGACAAAAUCUAAAAAAGAGAGUAAAAUCAGCAACUUUGUUGCAGUCUUGCAUUCGUACUUACCUUGCAAAGAAAGUCUUUCUUCAACAAAAAUCGGCUGCAAUGACAAUUCAGAGACAUUACAGGCUUUACAGACUAACAGAGGCUACGCGACAUGAGUAUCUCGCAAAGCGAUCAUCUGUCAUUCAUCUCCAGGCUGCUGUCCGAGGGUUCUUGACUAGACGAGCUCUGAGGCAGAAGCAUGACGCAGCAAUAAUGAUCCAAGCUGCUGUUAAAUCAUGGAUAGCACAGAGGAAAUACUUAAAGGUUGUUAAAUGUGUUAAAACCCUGCAAAUCCACUGGAGGGCCACUCUUUUGAUGUGGAAAGAAAGAGAAAAGUAUCAUAUAUUCCGAGGUGCUGGUAUUACGAUUCAGGCUGCUUGGAGAGGUGCUGUUGUUAGAAGACAGAUGAGGGAGUCACAGUGUGCAGCAUUAGUUAUCCAGUCGUGGAUUCGUUGUUGCCUUGAGCGCAGAAGAUACCAAAGGAUUAAGGAAAGCACAAAAAUCAUCCAGCAGUGGUGGAGACGCAUUACAUUAGCCGAAGGAAUUCGGAAAGAUUUUGUGAGAAAACGAGAAGCUGCUAUAGUUUUGCAGGCAUCCGUGAGAAAGUUUUUGGUAAUUCAAAAGAUCAAGAAAUUACAUGUAGCUGCGACAUGUAUACAAGCAUAUUACAAAGCACAUUAUCACAGGCAACAAUUUUUAAGACAAAGGCAUAAUUAUGUGAAAGUUCAAAGAUGGUGGAGGUCUGUUAAGAAAAUGCAAGAACAAAGGUGUAAAUGUAAUCAGUCAAGAAGUGCAGUCAUUACCUUGCAAGCAGGUGUUCGAGGUAUGUUAGUUCGGAGGCAAAUGAGCCGACAGAAUAGUGCAGCUGUAAAAAUUCAGUCCUUUGUAAAAAUGUGGCUAGUGCAGAGGAAAUAUAAACAAAUAGUACAGAAUAUUAAAAGUGUUCAAAAAUGGUGGAAAUCUAUUUAUAAGAUGCGACAUCAGCAAGCAGAUUAUCAGAAAAAGAGAGCGGCAGUCAUCAAAUUACAAGCUUAUGCAAGGGGAAUGCUAGCCAGAAAAGAGAUUAAAAGAUGGCACUUUGCAGCUUCAAAGAUUCAGUCUAAUGUUAGGUGUUAUUUGGCAUGUAAAAAGUAUAGAGAUAUUAUAAAUAAUACCAUAAAGAUUCAAUGUUGGUGGCGAAGCACACAAGCUCGCAUUAGGGAUGUUAAUCAGCAACACAUGGCAGCUACAGUCAUCCAAUCACAUGCUCGUCAUUUCUUGAUCUCCCGGAAAUACAAGAAAAUGGUUGUUUCUGCCAUAAAAAUUCAGAGGUGGGUGCGUUCUGUACAUAAAACUCGAGAGCAUCAUACACAAUACUUAGCCAUGAGAGCAGCCACUAUUACACUCCAAGCAUCUGUCAGAGGAAUGUUAGUACGAAGGGAAAUAGCACAUCAGAGAUGUGCACAAGUAAAGAUAGCAGCCGUCUUUAGGGGCUGGCUUUUAAGAAGAACGUAUCAGAAGGUAGUGCAUAAAACAGUCACAAUACAGAGAUGGUGGAGAUCUGUUAAAUUAACUAGAGAAGGAAUGAAGAAUUUUGCUGUAACAAAGAAUGCUAUAAUAACCAUUCAAGCCUUCACUAGAGGAGCACUGCUUCGUGCAACAAUUUCUCGACAAAAAAAUGCAGCAGUGAAAAUUCAGUCACAUGUUCGUGGCUGGAUGGCGCGCCGAGAAUACCAUAAGGUGACCUGCAGUGUACUGCUCCUCCAAAGAUGGUGGAGGGGUCAUAAGGAAACAAAGAAGUUGCAACUAGAGUAUCAUACAAAGAGAAAUGCUGUAAUUACUCUGCAAAGACAUUACCGUGGAAGAAUAGCUCGUAAGGAAUAUCUGAAGCAACGUAGAGCUAUCAUUAAGAUGCAGGCGUGCACAAGAUGUUGGUUAGCACAGAGGAAUUAUGUACAAAUUUUAAAAGCUACUUUGAAUAUUCAACACUGGUGGAAAGCAGUAAUCAAAGGAAGAGAACAGCGAAAGAAGUAUCAAACCCUUAGAAUAUCCUGCAUUACCUUGCAAGCAUCUCUCCGAGGUAUGCUAACUCGGAAGAAAAUACUCCAGCAACACAGAGCAGCAGUCAGAUUGCAAACAUGCAUACGUCAAUGGUUAGCACGUAAGCAUUUCUUGAGGAAAGUUCAAAGUAUUAUCAUAAUUCAGAAAUGGUGGAGAAGUGUUAAGAUGGCCAAGACAUUGCAAUGUAGAUUCAUUGCUAUUAAAAAGGCAACACUUGUUCUGCAAUCACACACGCGUGGCAUGCUGGUACGACAGAGCAUAAGAAAGCAACAUUUAGCUGCAACCAAAAUUCAAUCUUAUAUUCGCUGUUGGUCUGCUCAGAGAAAGUAUCAUAAAAAGAUGGAAGCUGUUGUCAAGCUACAGAGGUACUGGCGUGGGGCAUGCUUGACUCUGCGCACACGAGAACAAUUCAUAUACAUGCAGAGAGCUGCUGUUAUAGUUCAGGCUGCGUGGAGAAAACAUAAAACAAGAACUUUGCUGAAGCAAAUAAAGGCUGCUCAAAUCAUUCAGGCUUACGUGCGUGGAUGGCAGGUUCGUCGGACAAUCAGACAGGAGAAGAGAAAACUGUAUUUAGAGCACGUAACAAGGGUUACUAAAGCUCAUUUGGCUGCUACAGUAAUUCAACGCUCAUUCCGCCGUUGGCAAACUAUGGUGAGGGUGCAACAGACCAUGGGGUCCUUGAUCAAGCUCCAGCGGUGGGUGCGUGCUGUCCUGCAAAGAUCGUUGUACCUGAGACAACGCUCGAGUGCCAUCAUCAUCCAGCGAGCCUGGCGAUCCAAGCUCGAAUGCUUGAAAGAGGAUCGUCGUCAACGUGCAGCCACUGUUCUGCAAGCUGCGUGGAGAGGUCUAACUGCGCGCAAGAAUCUGCAAAACAAGAAGCUUGUGGAAGUGCGGAAGAGGUUGAAGGUGGCCACUCAAGAUGCCACAGAUAGCAAGCGAAUUGGCAACAGAACUGACUGUGCUAUUGCAUACCUGAUUAAGUACAAGGAUCUCAGGAGGAUAUUGAUAGCAGUCAUGUAUCUUGACACAAGUACUCGGUGGUCACCUACAUGCUCUGAAAAGUUGACAGAAGGAACUACUCUCGGCACCAUCAUGUUCCUUCUCAGGUCCUGCAAUCGCUCUAUUCCACACAUGCAGAUCCUUGGUUUUGUCCUUAAUAUACUCAUUAAUUUGGCCAAAUAUCCAUAUACAGCACCAUUCAUACACAAGGUGGAGGGAUUAAUGGAGACCAUUGUGCAGCUACUUACCAUUUACUCAGAAAAGGGUCCUGGAAUUUUUUGCAAGUGUUGCACUCUUCUCUAUAUCGUAACGGCAACAAAUCCCACACAACAGGAUAUGAUCAACCCUAAAUUACUUAAAGAUCUUAAAAGUAUCAGGACCUUAAUGAUACGCCGUGAGAACGCCAGUUUACGAGGGAAGAACCCAGUCAAGGUCACCCCACUUCCUGUAUCAAAGAUACCAUCAAUAACACCAGACUGGGUUCUGACACCAAACCAACCAAGAGAGUUUGACGAUCCCAUAUCUGCAAUAGUUACACUCUUGGCUCGGAUAGGAAUGCAGGCAAAAUGAUGAUUUAGUAACUUACUGUCAAAACCUUUUGUUUUACAUAUAUAUAGUAUUUUAUCUAGUAUGAAGUGUUGAAUUUUUAGAGGUGAAAAAUAUUGCUAAUUCAGUAAUUGGAAAAUGAUCCCAUUAAACCACUUUAUAAAGAGGAUAAAGUAUUCGUAUCACAUAGGAUAGGGGGAUAGUUCUGGUAUAAGUAUUAUGAUUAAAGUAAGGAGAUGCAUUCAAGGAAGUGCAAUGAAUUUGAUUUUUAUUUCAGUAAGGAAAGCUAUUACAAUUUUUAUUUUCUUAAAGCUACUUUUUAAUUUUCUAUAUGCAGUAUAGUUAGAUCACUGUGAUCUUCUAUAAGAAGCUAAACAGCAUAGAAUGUACUUUGUUGAUUAGCUUCACCCAUUUGGACUUGUUUUUAUUGAAUGUUAAAUAUUUUUAUUUCUUUACAGGUAGGUAUUUGGAUUUUAUCAUUAGGAAGGGAAAACAGUAAUUUGUAUUAAUGUGUAAUUACUUAGUAUUUGACAUUGAGGUUUCAAUUUGUCUUGAUAUAAGAAGCAUACAUAUAGAAAACAUUACUAUAUGUUUUGAAAAUGAAUUUGAAGUGUGAACUGCCGAAUAAAAAGUAGUUGCACAUGCUUUAUGCUAUUGUUAAAUAACAACUUUCACACUUAAUGACAAACUUUUCAUAGUCAGUGCCAAUGGUUAUGAAACGACUGAAAUGAUCAAUACCAAAUUUAAUUUUUACUUCAGGCAGACAUUUAAAUAAAAAAGAAAUUAAAUCAUGGCAGUGGUAAUCUUUCAGUUCGAAAGUCCCGGCGGGGUGCCUGCUUUUGCUAUUGGCUUACUAUUAGUUUGUCAAGUUCUCUAUUGGAUUUAAGUUCAUAGGGUAUUUUCUUAAAUUAAGCAGAGGUGGUAAUCUUAACAUAAUCCAAUAUAUAUUUUUUCUUAUUUAGUUUAGUAAUAUCUUCGUUAUUGUGUGUACAUUUUUCAGUUUUGUGAAUUUCAUGAACAUUUUCAGUUUUGUGAAUUUCACGAAUAUUUGCUUGUGAAAAAAAUAUUAAAGGAAAUAACCAGUACAUCUGCAUAAAAUUAUAUAUUUGCUUUAUAAUAAACUAAUUAAAUUGUCUAACACUUUGUAAGGUGUUGGACAAUUUAAUUCCCACUUUUCUCUAAAAUAUUUGGUUUUUAGCUAGUGAACUAAUAUUUGAUACAUUAUAUUGAUGUAAAUUUAAAUGGAAAUACAUUACGUGGUUCCUGUAUAUCUUGCUGAUCUGUCUUUAAAAACUGUAUAUAUAUAUUUUUCUCAUUAAUAAAUGUAAUGUAGUGAACUUU